GUGCCUCAGGGCGGGACUCAACUACCCCUACACCCACUCUCCUGACAGACAGUUUUAGAUGAGUAGUCUACAGACGGACUAAUUGUGAACAUGUUAACGGGGAACUAGCGGCCACUGACUAAUUAGAGUUCGAAGACACUAGUAAAUACGCAUCACAUUCCAUGUGGACUUUGCACUUAGAGAUCUAAUAUCUCAGCCAGAGUCGGAGAGUUUGGACUCAGUUCUUAAUCCUCUAUUACCAAAGUUACUCCGAGGCGUCGACUUUUUGUACACUGAAGGGACAUAACUUUGAAAGAUCAUCAUGCCUCGGUCUUUCCUUGUGAAAAAGUAUUUUACCAACAAGAGACCUAAUUACAGCGAACUUGAAGAACAAAAUGACGCCUCAUUGGAGAGGUACCCUCUGGCUGAGCUAGCCCCAGGCGACAGCAGUACCGUCACCUGCAUUACUGCUGGUCUACUAUGGGACGUGAGUCUGCUUCCAGCCCUGCAACUACCCAUGUCCCCGGCUAGCCUGUCCUCCUCUACAGCCCCACUGGACCUCAGUUCUCCUUCCAGCCUCAGCAGCAGCAGCAGCAGUAGUAGUGGGGAUGAAGAUGAAGGGGGUCGCACCUCUGACCCCCCCAGCCCCGAGUCCACAGAGAACUACAGGCCCCCCCAGCGACCACGCCGUGCCACCAGCGGCAAGAGCCGGGCGGGGGCCAGAGAAGAGCAGAGGGAAGCCACAGCGGUGACCGCUGCUGCCAGACCGGCCUUCUUUUGCAAGCACUGUCCCAAAGAGUACACCAGCCUGGGCGCCCUGAAGAUGCACAUCCGCUCACACACGCUGCCCUGUGUGUGCCCCACCUGCGGAAAGGCCUUCUCCCGACCGUGGCUGCUGAGGGGCCACAUCCGCACACACACAGGUGAGCGACCUUUCUCUUGCCCGCACUGUAACCGUGCGUUUGCCGACCGCUCCAACCUGCGGGCCCACCUGCAGACCCACGCUGACGUAAAGAAGUACCAGUGUGGCACCUGCUCGCGCACCUUUAGCCGCAUGUCCCUGCUGCAGAAACACAGCUCCGCCGGCUGCAGUGUGCCCGCUGUCUGACCACAAGGCAUUCUGGGAGGACACAGGAGGACAGGUGUUGGGUUGGAGUCAUCGUUGUCCCCUCCCCCACCUGCCUAACCUC